AUGGUCGGAGUGGCAUUCUCUCCACAGUGGCAAGGCCAAAGACACGCCUUCCCUGUGACGCCACUGCGACCACCGCGAAAGCUACGACCAGGGACAGCCAGGUGGUGCAAGGAGGGGAUCGCGGCUUCCAAUGUGAAGCUUUGGACCCUGCUGACAGUGAGUUGUCUGAACCUGCUGAGUUAUACGGCCAUGUAUCCCAUGACCCCCAAGCUGAUGAGCCGCUUCGCCGUUCAUUCGGAUGUGGGCGUGGGACUGGUGGCGUCCUCCUUCGCACUGGGACGCUUUUGUACCACGUCCCUUUGGCCGAUCCUCAGCGACUACAUCGGUCGUAAGAAGGUGCUCUUCAUGGCUCUCUUGGGUGGGGCUGCAGGUUCCGCCCUGCAAGGCAUAGCUAUUGCGUGUCACUGGCCUUUCAGCGCAUUCCUCGCGGUCCGAGGAGUGGCUGGGAUGUUCAGCGGCAUCGUGCCCACCGUCAAGGCCUAUAUCGUAGACACCUUUGAGGCCGAAGAAGUUCCUAAGGUCUUGGCAUAUCGAGAAGCAGCUGGCACAAUGGCGUUCAUCUUGGGCCCCGCCCUGGGUGGAUUCUUAGCAGCCAGGAUCUUCGCUGCUCCCAUGUUCUUUUCCGCCUUCAUGAGCACAUGGGCUGCAGUGCUGUGCUUGAAAGUCUUGCCCGACCCCAGUGGGCCCAGGCCCCAGAGCGUUGGUCUCAGCUCCAAAACGUCGUCCAAAACGUCUUCGGCGAAACAUGCGAAACCGAAGCCCAUUCUGGCGGUGCCGCUCUUCUUAUUUUCCUUCAUCUGGGCUUGUACCAGGACGUGCUUCCACUCCUAUUUUCCACUGCUGUUGACGCGGCGCUUCGAGCUGCCACUGACACGCUUGGGGGCUGUCCUGACUGGCAUUUCCUUCUUGGUCGCUAUCGUCCAAGUCUGCGCCUUCGAGUUCUGCCGAAAACGCUAUGGGCUGGAAAGAACCAUGGUGCUGGGUACUUUCAUGGUGAUCAGUGGCUUAGGAAACCUUGUCAUCUCGCCCCCAGACACGACGCUGCCGUGGCUUUUCGCCUCCGCCGCCCUGUAUGGAGCAGGUUCGGCCUUAGUGUCCCCCGCGCUCCCCGCCUCGCUGAUCCGAUAUGCGCCGGAAGGGCGCACGGGCGCCUUCAUGGGCAUCGACUCAGUGAUUGUGAACUUCGGUCGGAUUGUGGCACCCUCCGUCUUCGGCCUGCUGCUCUUCAGCAACUAUGUUGGCAUCUGCUUGGGUCCUGUCAAGGUGGUCACGGUCGCAAGUGCGUUCGCCUGGUUGUUCGUGUUAGUGCGAAGGUGA